AUGGCCAAAGAGGAAUCAAAGUACGGCUUUAAGGAUAGGGCUAAGGCCGAGGAGUCACUGGAGCUGCUGAAAAGCGAAGACUCAAAGUACCAGCUACUAACCGUGCGCGGUUUAAUCGGAAGGGCCAAGCGUGUACUAACACUGACGAAAGCGGAUGACAAAGUGUCCAACAUAAAAGCGGCCAUUGAAACGUUUGAAAAGUGGCUCGAGGAAAACAGCACCACAUCCAGCGGCUCGAAAAAUGCAAAACCGAAAGAUUCGGAAGAAAAGGUGGAAACCGUACCGGGCUUGGGUUUCAAGGAUAAGCAGGCCGCGGAGCAGACACUACGCAUACUGAAGGAUCGUGAUCCGGACUACCAGAAGCUGGCCAUUAAGGGUCUACUGGGCAGCGCCAAGCGAGUGCUGCCGGCCACCAAGAACCCGGACAAGCUCAACUCAAUCAAGGAGGCCGUGGCGCUGUUUGAGGAAUUUCUCGAACGAUUCGAUCGCGAAGAGCGGGGAAAACAAAACCUGCCCUAUCUCGCCGUUGACCUCGUCCGUUCUCUUCCGAAACCAACCAAAAGUAACCCGUUGGCCGAAGAUUUUCUGCACUGCUACGAGACGGUGGCAAAGGGCAACUACAAACACCUCCGGACGAAGGCUCCGCGGGACGAUACCGAUUCGCCGACAUGGGACAUUGUUCGCAAUCGGCAGCUGCGGGAGCUACUGAAACCGGAGCCCAGUGUGAAGUUGUUCGACCCGGAAGGCAAACCAACCGAGGUCCACUUGCAACUCGUACAGUGGGCCUACAGUCCGCAGGUGGAAAAGCUGAAGAGUUACGCAAGUAGCCAUCAUCGCAAAUCCAGUCCGAAAAGAGACCGAAAACGUGCCCGUUCAGCGUCCUCGACCGAUAGUGACGAGGAACCAACGCUGAAAAGCGCAAAGGACGGAGCGAGAAGAAAGUCCAAAAAAUAA